AUGGCCGCGACAAAGACCACAGUAAAGAGCGAGGCAGUUCACAAUGGAGCAAUACACUACCCGCUCUGGUUUGGAGGCAGCGCAAGUUGUCUCGCGGCAUGCGUAACACAUCCUCUAGAUCUUCUCAAGGUCCGAUUGCAAACACAAGCACAUGGAGCUGGUCGACAGGGCAUGCUGGCGAUGACCGGGAGUAUUGUCAAGGCUGAUGGCGUUCCUGGGCUCUACCGCGGUCUUACCGCAUCGCUCCUACGACAAAUCACCUACAGUACCACACGAUUCGGCGUAUACGAAAAGUUGAAGGAGAUCUUCAGCGAUGGAGUAAAUCAACCGUCCCUUCCCGCUCUCAUCGCAAUGGCGUCGACAUCUGGCUGGCUUGGAGGUAUGGCUGGGACGCCGGCCGAUAUCUUGAACGUGCGCAUGCAGAACGAUGCUGGCCUGCCGGCUGCCGAACGGAGGAACUACAAGAACGCAAUAGAUGGUCUGCUUAGGAUGGUCCGGGAAGAAGGAUUUGGGAGCAUAUUCCGCGGGAUCUGGCCAAACAGCAGCCGCGCGGUGCUGAUGACCGCGUCGCAGCUCGCAACAUACGAUGUCUUCAAGAGGGAGCUGUUGAAACGCACCAACAUGGGAGACAGUCUGACAACACAUUUCUCGGCGUCGCUCAUGGCUGGAUUCGUGGCAACGACUGUGUGUAGUCCUGUCGACGUUAUCAAGACGCGGAUCAUGAGCGCAUCCACAAAGGAUGGCUUCAUUCCUCUCGUCAAGCGGAUCACGGCAAGUGAGGGCAUUGGAUGGGUAUUCAAGGGAUGGGUGCCGAGCUUCAUUCGUCUCGGACCGCAUACGAUCGCAACAUUUCUCUUCUUGGAGCAACACAAAAAGCUGUACAGGAGCAUCAAGGGGAUAGAUGUAUAG